AUGUUUUCUAAUCGAACAACUCUUUCUGCAAUCUUCCCCAUCUUCACAUUCACUCUCGCAGUUUCUACGGACUUCCAGUCUGCCUGCCUCGAUUUCAACCCUGUGUCAUUAAUUACAAACAGCACUCUUCGCAUCUUAGAACAUGUUCCUGCCAAUACAACCCUCACUUUUCCUGGAAAUGACGAAUCCUGCGCCCGACCUAAACAACUUAUAACAAACGAGUCUUGCCGCAUAGCUCUUACAAUUCCAACAUUUAACUCGAGCAUCAUCUUUGAAAUAUUCCUUCCUACACCUGCCCAGGGCUUCCAACGAGGCGUAGUACUCCCUGCACCUGCCGAUUGGACGGGCCGGUUCCUCGGUACCGGCAACGGUGGAAUCGAUGGCUGCAUUAAGUACGAAGACAUCGCAUACGGCCUAAGUCAUGGUUUUGCAACGACAGGCUCAAAUAAUGGACAUAACGGUACCGGCGGGAAAGCCUUUUUGAACAACCUAAACAUCGUAACGGAUUUCAGCUGGAGGAGCCUACACACGACCGCCGUCGCUGGCAAAAUCCUAACGCAAGCAUUCUACAAAAAACCGCAUGAUAAAGCAUACUACAUCGGGUGCUCAGGCGGCGGCCGUCAAGCUAUCCAAGCCGCGUCCUUGUUCCCGGAGGAUUACAAUGGUAUUGUAGCGGGCGCACCCGGAAUUAAUUUCAACUAUAUGUCAGCCUGGCGGGCGUCUUUCUACACCAUCGCCGGGUCCAAGAAUUCAACUGAUUUCAUUAAGCCGGAAACUUGGACCAGAUUAAUCCACACUGAAAUACUUCGCCAAUGCGAUGAGAUCGAUGGCGUGAAAGACGGAAUACUAGCGGAUGCGUCGCUCUGCGCAGCAGUCUUUAGACCGGAAGCUUUACUUUGCAACACUAAUCAAUCAAGCAAUUGCUUGAGCGCCAAACAGGUCGACAUCGUACGGAAAGUGUACAGUCCGCUCUACGGCGAGAAAGGCGAACUCAUAUAUCCGAGUUUGCAGCCUGGCGCCGAAGUCCAGGCAAUCCAGCGCUUACUCGCUGGAAGCCCGUUUUCAUAUUCAGAAGACUGGUUUAGAUACGCUGUGUACAGAAAUCCGGAGUGGGACCCUGCGUCUUGGACCAUUCAUGACGCAGAAGUCGCGGAGGAGUUGAAUCCUGCAAAUGUGAGGUCCUGGCCAGAUUCCCUCACCAAUUUUAAAGACAAUGGGGGGAAGCUGCUUCUUUACCAUGGUGGAGCGGAUAACCAGAUCACUGGUUUCAACACGGAGAGGUUUUAUAACCACCUCUCGAGAUCAAUGGCCGUGACUUCGACGGAGAUGGAUACAUUUCUGAGAUUCUUCAGGAUUCCGGGGAUGUUUCAUUGCAGUGGUGGGCCUGGGGCUUGGAUGAUUGGGCAAUCAACUUCAGGGGCUGUCGGGUACGAUUCAAAAAGAAAUGUUUUGGCGGCGAUCGUAGAAUGGGUGGAGAAGGGCAGGAAGCCUGAGGUCGUGGUGGGGACGAAGUAUCCCACGCGGAGUACGUAUGUAGGUGGGAAUAGCUCGUUCGUUGACAGUUGGGUGUGCAGAUAG